GUUAAGAUGGUUAUGCCUUAUGGGUAUAACAAAUAAUUUUUAGCAUAUAAAAACGCACCCAUGAGUCUGUACUAUACUAUACAAGAUACGACACUGUAGUGAUAUUAAUAAUUCGUUUGUACAGUUAAAUGGUAUUUUUGUUACCAAAAGAUACAAACAUCGUCCAGGCUCAUGAAUCGUUGAAUGUCGAUUUGUAAAGAGGGGAGAUAAUCAAUAUAAAAGUUGUGCACAAAGAGACCGUGCAAUGGAACAAUCAGACGACAACAACAAAAUUACACAGGACAAUGUCGCCGACAUCAAGCAAGAAGGCCCAAAAAUUGACAGAAUUACGCGUUUAUCGCAACAAAAGAAAGAUAUUGAAUGUCACUCUUCUACAAACAAUGAUACGAAUGGUAGUGAUGAAAAUGACGACCAGACUGUAGCCAAGCAAUUGAAAAAGUUAUCAUUCGAUAACACAGGCAAGUUUAUGGACAAUUUUGAUCCAGAGAGAAGUGCAAGAGAAAUGCGCAAGAUGAACAGAAAAAUAUACAGAGACAAGAUUCGGAUCUGUAUGACUUCAAUGUUGGUGAGGGCCAACCAGCUGUAUGACAGUAGUGGGAAACUACUUGAAAACAGCCACGAUCUGUGCGACUGUUUGGAUGUCAAGUGUCCUGGCUGCCAUUUCCCCUGUCCUAAGUGCAGCUCGGAGAAAUGUGGAGCGGAGUGCCGGGGAUACCGGCGCUGGACGUAUGACUACGUGGAAGUGGAAGGAACGAACUGUGUCAUCCAGUGGCCGUUCAAGACAGAAUGACAAUCAUUUGUGUUGAUGAUUGCCUCUGGCCAGGGUUCAUACAGGUUAUGGAAAUCGCAGAAAGUCACAGAACUUGCAAAUGUUCUUUUACAGGAAUGAAAAGUCAUGGAAUUUUGAGUUGAGUCAUGAAAAUUUAAAACGGUUGAGGAUUCCUCCACGGUUUAAAACAAAACAAGAAGAUAUCAGGAAUUGACAUAACUGAAGGUUAUAAUUGUCAGUUAUGCUGGUUAUUAUUAUUAUUGUGCCCUGGGGAUCAUAGAAAAAUCCUUAUAAAAUAAGAUUAUGAAAAAUGCCUAUAAAAGUCAUGGAAAGUGAUGGAAUUUGGAUGACAAAGUGUAUGAACAUUGCUAGUGCACUUUUUACAUUGAGUAUGCUAGGGUUACAGAGUCCAAGACUUCUGUGAUAGACUCCAGUUGUAAAUCACCUUCUUAUGCUGGAGCUCAUAACGUGAAAUGUGUUGAAUCGAGGAUUAAACCAACUUCAAACAAACUCAUAUAUGUUGUUGACAUAACCACUGAACUGAAUCUGGGUUUUUUUUUCAUCAUCAUUUUCUAUUCUCAUAUUUUGAUUUCCCAUUUCCAAAGGUGCUAUCUCACCAUAUAUUCUCAUGACAUAAUUUUUUUAAUGUAAAAUAUAUAUAUACAGAACUUCACAUACAUCGUUUUUGCUUCCUAUUUAUUGCACAAGUUUAUUGUGCACAAGAAUAUAUACCACGAGACCGCAUAGCGGUCAAGU